AGGUAUGACUUUCAUAUUUGAUUUUUUGCAUAGAAAACGUCAUUUUUGGACCACCAUUUGAUCCCCCGAGGCAAAUUCAAGAUUCCAAAACCUUAUACUGCACAUCUACAUGACACCACCAACCAUCUCCCAAAAGAUGAUUAGGCUACUGUAUAAAAUGUAGGAGGAGUUCAGGGAAGACGGGGCUUUUUGCAUAAAAAAACAUCAUUUUUCGACCCCCAUUUGAUCUCCCGAGGCAAAUUCAACAUUCCGAAACCUUACUGCACAUCUACAUGACACCACCAACUAUCUCCCAAAAGAUGAUUAGGCUAAUGUGUAAAAUGUAGGAGUACUUCAGGGAAGACGGGGCUUUUUGCUUAAAAAAGAUCAUUUUUCAACCCCCACUUGAUCCCCCGAGGCAAAUUCAACAUUCCGAAACCUUACUGCACAUCUACAUAACACCACCAAACAUCUCCCAAAAGAUGAUCAGGCUACUGUUUAAAAUGUAGGAGUACUUCAGGGAAGAAAAAUGUGACAGACCAUUGGACGGACGGACGUGCUUGUAUUUGAUGUGAAUAAUCUACCCCAGCCUGAAAUGAAGAUAAUCCUUAUUCCAUGGAGUUAUCUGUGCAGGAUCCUUCCGGGAAAGAUACAGAAAAGGUUUUAAAACUAAUUUUACGCCCCCCCCCCCCCCAAAUCAACAACUAAAGGCAAAUAGGGUUAUAUAUUCCGGAGGGACACCUGAGGCACAUUUUGAAGAUGAAGACCUGUGUGUCGUGUAUUUUACUGGUUGUGCUCUGUAGUAGCGCGGUUAAAGCACUAUCUAAAGACUGGGCCUACUUUUAUUUAAAAUCCGCCUGCUCAUUGAUGGGAAACUCGGGAGGAAUGCAAUCUCAAAGAAGUGAUUCCCGCGUGAUUGCAUUCCAGGCAAAAGCUAACAAACGUCUGGUCAACAUCCCAAGACACCAUGCAGUCAAGUUUGGACAUAUAAUUAUCAAUAAAGGUGGCGGAUAUGACAGCAGCACCGGAAAAUUCACAGCCCCCGUUGCUGGUGUAUAUUUCUUUGACUGGACCAUUGUGACAGAUAAUGGCGACCAAUUUAACACAGAAAUCGUCAAAAAUGGCACUGUAUACGUCAGCAAUCUUUGUCGGUCAAGGGUAAUAAAAAAUUAUGAAAAGCCUUGCACUGCGACGGCAAGAAUUGAAAUGAGGAGAGGAGAGAAAGUAUGGAUAAGGGUAACAGAUAUAGGAAGAGAUGCCCACAUGACAUGGUCAACCUUCGGAGGUCACAAGUUGUAAAUGAAAUAGAAAAAAAUAACCAGAAUAAAGCAU